AUGUCGGUGCCCUUCAUCGGUAUCUCGCGUCGGGUGUACCAUCAGUAUCCCAUAUCGUGUCGGACAUUCUCGGACUCGGACCUUCGCGCGCACAAGGCACUGGUCAUUCUUGGCAAUCUACUGGAUGAGUCCAGCUGGCAGUCUGCACUGCGUCCCUUGAACCACCAAGAUAUACACUCGAUGUCCAACUUACUCUGGGGAGAAUCGGAAGGCAGAUGGAAACUCUCGUGGAUCUGGAACAUGCGGGGCACUGGUGGAAGCGAAAAGGACAACAAUGGAGCUCUAGAAGAUAUGAGGAUUGAGUGGUGCAAGGCAAGAGCUUGUGCAAUGCGAUGGGAGGAGGAGGUGGAACUCCUUCGCGAAGAAAUGUGUCGCAUAGGAGCAUUCCUGAGGUGGGAAGCGGGGCGCUGGGAUGCAAGGCGUGAUGAGGCUAUGCCAGCCGACAUGGAGCAUGAGGACAGGAUGGGUCUGGGGAAUAUAUGUCGGGGGGACGCAUUCAAAAGACGGUGGGAGUGUGCAGCACCGGGGGAUGCAUCAGAAAAAUGGCAGGAAUAUGCAGCAUUGGGGAAUGUACCAGAAAAUGGCGGGGAUGCAUCAGCAUGA